AUGACACAAAACAGCGAUACUAGCGGAAGUAAUGAUGUAAAGUAUGUGAUGACGAAAGAUGAAUUCUGGGAUGAUAUCAAUGAUUCGUACUACAAAGAGUUGGCAAACACCGAUCCGAGCGAUGUUUAUCCAAGCAAUAACCCAGGACCGGAAAACCCCGACGGAUCAGUCAACUUUGAGUGUCAUUGUGUUGGACAUCUAGUUGCAAGCCCAUGUGGUUAUGAGUUCAGAGAAGCAAUUUCAUGUCAGAAGACGUCGACUGAUGAGGAAAUGGAAAACGGCGCAUGCGGAGAACAAUUGAUGGCGUUUAUGGAGUGUGCGAUGAGGACUCAGUGUUUCAAGACAAAUGACUCCAACGACGAGAAACAAACGGACAAGUGA